AUGAGUGAGGUUACCCAACCUGAUCAACAGCCUGAAUUUCGUAUAAGUUCUCCUCCAGCAAUACUCGAUGCAAAAGCAGAUGAAAUAGAUAUUCCUGUGUCAGACAACAGGAUUUUUCUAAAUCAUGUCGAUCAAUACAAUGCAAGACAUAUCGCCGAAUUUUUGGUUGAGCAAGAAGUAGGAGCUCUGAAACAUGGUUAUGAAGUCGAAGGAGAAGGUGAUGAUCCCAAUGAAAUAUCUGGUGUUCUCCCUGUAGUUGAGAAGUACGAAUGUAUUGGUACAGUAAAAUUUCGCUUUGGAACGAUUACUGAAGACAUUGCUUACACUGUAAGUGAAGCUGAUCAAAAACUUCUGGAAAAACAUAUUCUUACUUCCGGAGCUGUCAUUUUCGAUAUCAGUAAUGACAUGGGAGAGAUACCGAAAGCAUUAAAUACACUAAAGUUGAUAAUCGAUGAAAUCGAAUCAAUAAAAAGUAUCGGUCCAAAAACCUAUCAAAGAUACGAUCGUGUAUACGUAUUCAUAUUAAUAUCCAGUGUUUUAUCAUGGAGUAAAACUAAACCAAUUGAUCAAGAUGAUCCGGAGAUACCAUUUACUGAAGCUGAUUAUAAAAAGAGAAAAGCAAGUACCAAUUAUCAAGAGCAAAUUGCUUGUGAGCGAGAAGUUGUUUUAAAAGGACGAAAAUACAAAGACAAUUUAAAAACCUACGUUGUCUGUUGUGGAAUACCAUACGGAUUUGAGGAAGAUAAUCUUAAUCCGUUUUUUAGAAUGGCUUGGGAAAACCAAGACUUACCCAUCGUACUACCUGGCAAUAACUAUAUUCCCUUGAUUCACAUUCAGGAUGUUGCUAAAGUGAUUCAUGCUAUUUUGGAGUUGAAACCAAAGAAACAAUACAUUCUUGUUGUGGAGCAGGUUCCAUGUCGACUUGGUAAAAUAAUGCGGGCUUUAGCAGCUGCUAUGGGAAAAGGUGUCAAGGAAAUCGUUAAAGAAGAUGCAUUUCUCCAUAACUCAAUCACUCAAAAAUUGUAUGAUAUUUUUACCAUUAACUUAAAAAUGGAACCGGCUUAUAUUCUGGAUACAUUAGAAUUGGAAUAUAGGAGUGAUCUUAAUAUGGUGCAAAAUAUGAAAAAGAUUGUGAUGGAGUUCCGUGAUGCAAGGAAUCUGAUCCCGAUGAAGGUUUUGGUACAUGGUCCAGUUGCCAGUGGUAGAACACAUUUGUCUACCCAUCUAACGGAGUAUUAUGGUGUGCAUUAUAUCAACGUAAAGACUAUGAUUGAAGAAACUCGAGAGAAUUGGCGUCAUCAAAUUGAUGCGGAAUUACAAGCUCGUAAAAUGAAAUCAGAUAAUGUAGCCAGCGAACGAGAAGAAUAUGUAGGUGAAGAAGAAGAUGAAGAAUAUGAACCUGUAGUUAAUUUAGAUGAUCUUCAAGAGAAACUAGCCACAUUGGAGACCACUUUAGAGCAUAAUGACAAUGUUUUGCCUGAUGAAUUCGUAAUUCAGUUGAUGAGACAGUUUCUGGCGAGUAAUAUUUGUCAAAAUCAAGGAUAUGUUUUAGAUGCAUAUCCCAAAACUAUGUCGCAAUGUGUGGCAUUAUUUGGUCCGGAACUAAACGCUCACCAUGAUGGUGGUGAGGGUGAGGGUGAAGAAGAAGACUACGAUAUGAUUACUGGGCCUAGCAUUGCGCCACAAUUUGUAAUCUCCUUAGAAGCUGACAAUGAAUAUUUAAUUCAAGUAAUGAUGAACUAUCCGGAGCAGGGAAAAGAAUUUGAAGAAGAAAAUAUGAUGAAACGGCUUCAAUUCUUCCGAGACAAUAACACCGAAGAAAAUUCCCUACUUAAUUUCUUCGACGGGCACGAGAUUCAUCCCAUAAUCGUCAGCAUCAUGAACGUGGGCGAUAUGAAAGCAUUAUACGAGAAAGUUCACGAUGCCCUAGGUCUGCCAAUCGGUUUUGAAACCAGUCCAGAAGAACAGGAAGAAGUUCUUAGAUGUCAACAGCAAGCAGAUGAAUUAAAAGAAGAACAAAAAGCUAUUGAUAGAAAAAUACUGGAAUGCCAAGCAUUGGAGCAAUACCAAGAAAAGAUGGAAGAACGCAUUCGCAUUCUCGACGAACUACAAAAAGAAGAAGAAAGUUUAUUACAAGCACAAUGUGAACCACUACGGCAUUACCUAAUGAUGCAUGUUUUUCCAACGUUGACACAUGGAUUGCUUGAAAUUGCCAAGAUUAAGCCAGACGAUCCCAUUGAUUAUCUUGCUGAGUAUUUGUUCAAAUUCAAUCCAGAAGGAAAAAUGUUUGACCCAACAUUUACACGACGUGGCAAACUAAUUCAGAAUGAAGCUAAAAAUAUGUUAGUACAAAAAGCAAGCAUGAAAACAGUGGAAGACGACUUUGACGAAAAUUAAUUCAUAAAAUCAUAACAAUGAUGUUUAAUAUUUUAUUCUUUUUAAUAAACUAUACUAAUUAUAAUCAUCA